GAGACACCGAAUUUGUAUCUGGAGAGGUUAGGCCCCACACAAAUUAUGCGUGGAACUUUCGGAGCAAAAGUCAAAUUGGAUUUUGGUAUGUUAAACAACAAAAUAAUUUCUUUGGAAAGGGCAUUUUCGCUAUACAACGAAUCUUGUAAAAUGUUAGGAGACAGAGUCACCACAAUGAAAUGCGAUCAUCUAAGCACAAAUCUAGAAAUCGGAGCGACCAAAAUCCGAUCAAAACAACAAUUUAUUAGAAAAUUCUUUCAAAGACGUGUAAAUAGAGGAUUUUGGACCUCCCUAGGAGCAAUGGACUCUGACGACAGAUCUAGGAUUGAUACAAAUCUAGAUAAAGUAAGAAAAAAUGAGGAAACAUUGAAAAACAAGCUAGAUCAUCAGGAUUAUGUCGUAGACUCAAUGUAUCAUUUACUAAACAACGCAUCCGAUAAAGUAGACAAACAAACAGAAUGGGUUAAGAAAAAUGUUAAUCUAAUUAAACUCAGCGUUGAGAAGGGUUUAAAUUUUACCAAUGACGUCAAAAUAAUGAUUUAUCUGGAAUCUGAAUUAAUAGAAUUAGGACUAUGGAUUGUUCACUUAUCAGAUAACAUAAAACAGAGCCAACAAAACCUUAUCAACAUUUUAUUACACAAUAAAUUGGACGUUAACGUACUGCUAGAUCUCAUUGAACCUACCCAUUUCUUGAUCGAAUUGGAGAAAUAUGAAGUCAAUAUCUCAGACGAAAUUGGUUUCCCUAGAGGAAACAAUGGGGAAAUUAACCCAGGUAUAUUCAACAUUAUUGAAUACGGGUUUAUAAUUAACAACAAGGAGGAAGUAGUAAUAAACCUAUUAAUUCCCUUAGUGGAGAAAAUUAAAUACGAGACAUUUAGAGGCACUAUUUCACCAGGGGUCAAUGGCCAUAUAAUCACCCUUAUAAAUAUAGCUCAAAACAUAUUAUUAAUGAACAGAGAGCACGAGAUGGAAGUAGGGUACCUACUAAGCUCAAAAGAGUUUUUGGAGUGCAAACACUUGGGUAAUACAAGGAUUUGCGAUAUCAAAAAGGUACAAGAAAAUCUUAGAGAAAGUGAUUCUUGUCUUACAGAAUUAUUGUACAGGAAUUCAUCGUCAAACUGCGAGACGAAAGUUUUAAAAUUAAAUCAUGAAAUAUGGUUAACAACUCUAAAACCAAACAUAUGGAUGUACGUGGCCCCGACUUUAACUAAACUGAAUAUUUUACAUGGGCGAAAUUCGACAAUAGUUGAAAUAUUAGGAACGGGAAAAAUUCAUAUCGAACCAAACAUGAAAAUCUCAACUAAACACGUAACAAUUUACUACUUCAAUACAGAAGUCACAAAUAACGAUAUACUUGUAUAUCAGCCGGAACUUAAUUUAACCAGUUAUAAUAAAAAUCACCCGGAAUACGAUAAAAUUCCGAACUUAAACGAAACUAAUCAAGUGUAUUCUUUUAUGAAUAAAAAACGUUUAUUUGAUAUAGGCAUUGAUGUUAAGGAAUUGAAAGAUCAAAGAACAGUUCUACAAAAUAUGAUUUAUGCUCCUUUAGAAAACCCUUGGUUUACCACAACAACUAUAGCAAUUAUAGGAGGAAUAAUUGGAAUAUUUUUCUGCUGUUUUAGAGGAGAAAUUUCGUGCUGUGCGCGAAAACUUGAAUUCAGUCCUCAGAAACAAAUUAAAGUGGUAGAAAAACAGAAGAAAUGCGACAAACAAAAUAAAGAGAAUCGAAAACCCAAACAAAAGAAAACAAAAACAGAAAAAUUUCAUCCCAACAUAACGGAACAGGAAUCAUUUUGCACAAACAGUCCCAAAACUGCAGAUAAAGAGGAGAAUAUAACAAAGGAAAUUAUUAAUAAGGAAAAGGAGAAUACUAACACAAAGAAAGGCAACGAACCUCAUACAGAAAUAACAAUUGAACAUGAAAAAAUCAAAGAAGAAAAGACUAAAACGAAAACUAAGCGACAGGGAGGUGCGUUUUACUGAAUCAAUUUCCACGACCUUAGGCAUGACCAACGUACGAAGAAUUGACGUCACAAUGCACAACAAUUUUGAAUGGACAUCCAUCAAAACCUUAGCAUAAGACGAAUAGGUAUCCUACGACGGUUAAGAAAAGGUAAAUGUGUAAAUUAAACGAAAGAAAAGGACUUGUGACAAAAACGCGAAUUAACAAAACGGCAAAUUAACAAAGAGAAACAAUAUGGAGUAUAAGGGAAAUAUAUACAAACGAGACAGUUAAAAGAGUAAUGGCGAAAAGUGUAUGAAAAUGCUUGAAUUAAGGUACAAAUAUAAUACAAUCUUUUAAUAAUUAUAUAUAUUUUUUUUCUUUUUAUAUCAUCUCGUUUUAGUUUUUUUUAGAAUAACCAUAAUACAUAGUAUUUUAUUACAGAAGUAGAUCCCUCAUCAACCAACCGUAGCAAAGCCUUCAAAAGGGGGGAAAGGAGGAGUGAUUUUGUAGCAAAAUCUCAACCGCAAGCCUUACCCACGGAACCGGAAGGCGCAGACAGGAGAUGCGUAAAGGAAAAGCAAUAAUGACACUUUUUAUUCCGCACAGGUAAACAACAGUAACAGAAAACAAUGAAUUUCUUCAAUUUAAGCCAGCCCCAACUUUUAUUCAAAAAUCUGAAGUUUGCAAUUGAAUUAUUCGGUAAUUGCAUCUCAGUAAAAUUCCAGAGGAUCUACCUCACAAUAUUAUAAAUGCAAUAAAAAAAUCUAUUACAAGAGUCAUCAUCAAAUGGGUUAAUUUUGUGGUCCUAUGAGAAAUUGAAAAAAAAAAAAUGUAAUUAAAUGAGUAUACUGAGCAAGAAACAAAAAAAAAAAAACAACGAUGUUAUUAACGAUCUUUUUCGAUGGAAUUUAAUGUCAUGUUUGAAUAAAUUAUUUUGACAAAAAUCUAAACAUAACUUCCUCGAGAGAUGACGCGGGAGGACAAGACGAGAAGGCAACAUCCGGCGAGAGCAACCAGAGGAGCAGUUUCAACGGUACCUCUAUGAAAACGUACCACAGUCAAAUUGGUACGAAGACGAGAAAUAACAGAUCGAAUGGAAAGUUGAAGGUCAAAGGUGCUGGUAUGGCAGAGGAGAGGAUUCAGCGAACAUAAUUUUUUACCGGAGACGAUUCAAGGUCAACUCGGGUGGCACAUCGAGACAAAUAUUAUUGUACAUCUGCGAAUCUGCUAAUAUGAACCAACACAAUGCAGAGCAUCGGGAAAAACUACAACAACAACGACAACAACAACAAAAACAACAACAACAAUUCAUACAGACAUAUGAUGAGAGAAGGACGUCUUCAAAGUUUCCCAAAUUAACCGACAUAAUGUAAUGUUCACCAACCGCAUUACAUUCACCAUUGAGAAAGCACUUACCCCGUGCUUCUUACAACAACAAUUAACAGUAACCAUAACCCGGAAUGCAACAUUUCGACAUCAUCAAAAGGUUUGGAAUUUAAGCCAUCUAAUUACAAACUCUUUAAAGAAUGUGCAACAGUUCCACAAUUUGCACCAGGUCAAAGACAACAAUAUUCGCAUCACUAUUGAGAUUGAUCCAAUACCAACAAAAUUCAGAAGGCGGGCGAUAAGUAAUCAACCAUAACACCGUAAAUGACAAUGAUAAACAAUCCAGUUCGGAAGGCAACUUAUGACACUAUUUCGAGAAACAACAGAAAGCAACAGUAAAACCAAUUCUUCUGUCUGCAAACGACAGCGCGGGAAUUCCAAGCAGGGAAAUACGAUUCAACCGAGGUAAUAUCCGGAUAACAAAGCUUCAUGGUCACGUUCCCACAGGAGACGACAUCAACUGAAUCAACUACAUCAUCUUCAAGACAAACCAGUACAACAGAGAAGCAACGAUACCAUUCAUCUGAGACCUAAAACUAACCAAUUGAUCUGGACAUCUAACAAGAAGAGGUAGAAAUCAAUGGCAGGCGAACAAACCCUACGACGAAUCAAGAGGAGCAGCAGCGAGUACCAAGGAAGUCAAUCUCUUGAGGAAGACUGUAAGAAGGUUAAUAUAAAAUUUAAAGUUUCUUUGGGAUAUUCAGAUCAAUCAACUGUAGUGGAAAAUAUUGUAAGACACUUACUGGGAAGAUAAAGAUUAGUUUAGCAGUCUCAGUUUAGAAAAUUAACGAUCAUCGUUAACGUCAUCAUCUAAAUGAAGUUUUGGGGGAUACAUUUUACCCACAUCCUUACAUUUGAACGUGAUUUUAUACACGUUCAAACUCCGCUAAGUGGGAGGGCAUGCAACGCCUAAAUAUUCCCACGCCUUCCGAUAUUCAAAGUCAAUUCAACUGAAACAAAAAUGCAUUUUUUUCACCCCACAUUCCCAACAGCUGCCCGGGGGAUUUUAGAUUCAAUUUUCAUCGUAGGGUCUACCUACCUCACGCGCGGUAUAUUGGAAGCAACGGGAAACAUACCAUUCGUUACUGACUUUGUUUUUAUGACCCAUCAUCGUCCGGUGGUGGCCGGGUGCGAUCGUGUUCGAACACGUUGGGCCUGGACCGGGGUAGUGCAGAUUGUUACUACGCUUGGUGGGCCGACGACAAAGAUGGGCAAUAAACCCGAAAGAAUGUUCUAUUAAUCGCGGUUGCACAAAGGUGACAUUGGCUUGGGUUGAACCUAGGUGAACCUAAAAGGAACGUUUCGAAAUCGAGGCACCGAAUUGGCCGUCUAUGGUCUCAGGUAGCCUGGAUUGUUUUGCACCUGAUUCGUUUUGAACUCAGGUAAACCCUUGCUGGAAUGUUCUGAAAUCGACACCGUAUUGGCCGCAUAGGGCGCCUGGCUUGUUUGCACUGGAUUUGUUUUGUCUUCAAGUAAACCGAACGAAAAGAAUGUUGGAGUACAAUUUCAACCAACAUCCGUGGCCGGGACCCGGCUAGGGGUCAUUGUGCGCAAGCAAGGUUACAUUUGAAUAACAAGGCGGUUGCUUUGUUUUGAAGAAUUGGGUGCCAAGUCCGAAAAGAUGAUGGGGCUAAGAAUGAUAAUGAUGAUGAUAAUGAUGAUGAUGAUGGUGAUGAUGAUGACGAUGAUGACGAUGAGGACGAUGGUGAAGAUGACGAUAUGACACGCCCAAGCAUUGAAGAUGCCCAAGUGAGGCGGGGCUAGACGAUGUAGGCCUUCGGGUAAAGAUUCUUAGUAGGGGUUUUGCGAACACGCCCAAGUCAGGCGUGGUUAGGAAAUUAGGUUUUUUUUUAUCAGAACUAGGAUUUUUGGUAGGGCUUGGGAUACGCCCAAGACACGGCUAGGCUUGGGAUACGCCCAAGAGAAAAGAGAUUUUUCAAGAAGAGAAAGAUGUAAAACACGAUGUGGACAAGUAGGAAAGGUAGAAGGUUUUGGGACGUUUUAGUAUUUUUUUUAGGUUUUUUGGACACGCCCAAGAUGGGUUGGGCAACGUUAGGAAUUUUCGUGACUUCUUCGGGUAUUGCUAGGAAAUUCAGGCUAUAAAUACGGAGGUUUUGGCUUCAAUCGGGGCAGUUGUUGAAGAACAGAGUAAUCGAGGAGAGUUCGACGUUAGAGUUGUUGAAGAACGGAGUUGUUGAGUUCAAAGACAGUCAGUGAGACAGUGGGUCAGUUUCAACGCUAGAGUGUUCAAUCUUGGUUCAGAAAAGACAGUAAUUGUAAAAGUUCAGUUUUUCAACGUAAGAGUAAAAGUCCAGUUCGGUUCAGUUUUUUUCAACUUCGGUGAAGAAAUACAGAAAGGUGAUAUAAGAAAAAAAUUGAAUCAUUGUAAUAUAAGUUAAGUGAUGGUUUGUGAUAUUUCAAUAUAGAUUAUUAAAAAGAUAUCGUCGGACUGUUAUGAAUUAAAAGAUAUCACAUUCCGUGUAGUGUUUAGUUGAGCCCCUGGACGGUACAGGGCGCUUCACA